AUGUCUCACAGAAACAUUAUUUCAUGGAACACCAUGAUUGUUGGGUAUCUUCAUAACAACAUGGUUGAACAAGCCAAUAAGUUGUUUGAUGUAAUGCCUGAAAGAGACAAUUUUUUGUGGGCUUUGAUGAUUACUUGCUAUAUGCAUAAAGGGAAGCUUGAAAAGGCUAGAGAGUUGCUUGAGUUGGUUCCUGAUAGGUUGGACACUGCUUGUUGGAAUGCGAUGAUUGCUGGUUAUGCAAAGAAGGGUUUUCUUCAAAAUAGUUUAUACUUGGUUGCUCUUAAGAGUUUCGUUUUGAUGGGGCAGGAAGGAAAGAAACCUGAUCAAUCAACUUUUGCAUGUUCCUUAAGUGCAUGUGCUAAUCUUGUUGCUUUACAAGUAGGCAAGCAACUCCAUGAAUUCAUCCUGAAAAGUGGCUAUACAAAUGAUUUGUUUGUUAGCAAUGCUCUGGUUGCCAUGUAUGCAAAAUGCGGAAGAGUAGAAAGUGCUGAACAAAUGUUUAAAGAUAUUUCCCAAGUGCAUAUAGCAGUUAGACUUUCAAAGAUGAAGCUGAGGAAUAUGCAUACUUUAACAAGACAAAAGAAUGGAGUCACUAAUAAUGGAGUCAGUUAUUUAGCAAAAUAUUCUGGUCAGCAAAAUAAUUGUAAUAAUGGAUCCAAAAUAAAAUCUAGCUCAAAAAGUAUGAAUCAGAGUAUCUUCUUAGUUGCACUUGAAAGUCCGGGUCCUCUACAUGAUAUCAUAAUUUGCUGGAUUGAUCAGCAUGUGACGCAUAAUGGAGAAGGCCUCAAGCGCUUGCAUAUCUUUGUAGUGGAACUCAUUCAUGCAGGCAUCUUUAAUCCUCUAGCUUAUGUACGUCAGCUGAUAGUGAGUGGGAUCAUGGAUACAAGUGGAAAUAUGGUUGAUCUAGAGAGACAAAAGAGACAUUCUCGAAUCUUGAAGCAACUUCCUGGAAACUUCAUUUGUCAUGCUUUAGAAGAAUCAAGGAUUAUUGAAGGACCACUACUUAUUGAAGCCUUACAUGUUUACUUGAAAGAGCGGGGCCUCAUACUUCGUGGUUCCUUUAAUGAGAAUCAUGACAAUGUCGACAGUGCCAAUAAUUCUCCUGUGAGCAUUGCAACCAACACCAAUUCUGCAGCAUUGCAUAUGCCUGAACCUGAGCUUAUUGAUCAUGCAGGCCUUGACUUUGCCGUCUUUAUUCGGAUUUAUGUCCUUGGUGUCAAAAUAUUUGCCCCAAUUACCCUACUGGCUUUUAUGGUUUUGGUUCCUAUAAAUUGGACUGGAAAAACUUUGGAAGCACCAGCAGCCAAGGAUUUGACAUUUAGCAAUAUUGACAAGCUUUCAAUAUCGAACGUUCCAUUCGGAUCAAAUAGGUUUUGGGCCCAUAUUGGUAUGUCAUAUGUCUUCUCAGCUUGGACAUGUUAUAGCCUUUAUAAGGAAUAUAGGAUUAUUGCAUCAAUGAGAUUGCGAUUUUUGGCAUCUGAACGUCGUCGUCCAGAUCAAUUUACUGUCUUGGUGAGGAAUGUUCCCCCGGAUAUGGACGAAUAA